AUGCCCAGCAAAGAUACAAAGCCACAAGUGCACUGGCAGGUACCACUGGACAGGGUGCGGCCGGACCAGCCCAACGAUGCUAUCUGUCUUCGGCCGGUCGUGUUGCACCCCUCAUCAGACAACAAUAAAAACAAUAACGGCGGCCGCAGCAGCAGCACCAACCACGACGACGACGACGACGACGACGACGACGACGACGACGACGACGACAACGACGACGAGGACGAGGACAAGGACCAGAACCAGGACAACGACAACGACAAAGACAAGGACAAGGACAACGACAAGGACAAGGAAAACGGCAAGGACAACGACAAUGACAAGGACAACGACAGCGACAAGGACGACGACAAUGACAAGGACAACCAACAACAACAACCACAACGACAACAGCAGCAACAACAACGACAACAGCAUAACAACAACGACAACAGCAGCAGCAGCAGCAGGAACAACACAGUAACAACAACGACUACAGCAGCAGCAGCAGAAACAACAACUACAGCAUGUAGCAACAACGACAACAACAAAUAA